AUGCUGUCCGCCGCGGUGCACGUCGCGACGACAGCAGCCUCGCCGCAGUUAGCGCAACUCCUCUCGCGCGCCACCGACCUGGAAACGAGCGGUGGGGACACGACGAGUGGGAUUCACGGACCGUUUCCGCUCUCGACGGACGGGUGGAGGGAGUGCGUCGCGGGAUGGGAGCAUGUGCAGAAGAAGUGGAAGUCGCUCGGGCUGAUCGCGCAUCCGUACCCAAAGUCGGCCCACGCGCACGUUCCCGCGUGUCGCGCGCUCGCGAUGCAGCCCGCGCUCCUCCGCGAGAUGCGGGCCGUCAUUGGAACAGAUGACCUGAUGCUCGCGACGAUGUCGGUGCUGGUCAAGGAGGUGGGGUGGGAGCACCGGUGGCACACGGACGUGGAGAACGCGAUCGACCGGACUCGCUGCAACGACACGAGCUGGACCGCGAAGCUGCACAAGCAGUGCAAGGUGUGCGAGGGCGGCGACUUCUCCUCGCUCUGGCGGCGCGGCGGCCAGCUCGCCAAGGUGGCUCGGAGGGAGGUGUCGCCGCACGCUGCUCUGGUGCAGCUGGCGGCCGCCGACACUCAGGCGUGGGCUUUCCGCGGCGCCACGUGGCACGCCUCCUUCAACAACGCAUCCAGCCGCAAGACGCGGACGGCGGUGCAGAUGCACUUCAUGCCGACGCGCUGCAAGUUCCGGUCUGACACCGGCCUCGAGAACGCGCCGGAGCUGCCUACGUCCGAGCGCCAGCGCCCGCCGGGCAUCGGGGCGGUGCUGCCGCCGGUGAUCCCUCUGCAGGGCAAGGCGUCGGCCACGCUGCGAGGCUCGGGCGAGGAGGCGACGCACAACAACUGGAUGUUCCCCGACGAGCCUGAGCCGGCCGUCGUCGACGCGACGUUCGACCGGACGCCGAAGCGCAAGAGAGACUGCGCCGCCGCGACCUUCGCGCCCGAGACGCCGCUCAAGUCGCUGGCGCACGACCUCAACGCGGGCGGGUGGGUGGACAAGCUGUGCAAGCUCAAGAGCGGCGUCGACGCGCGCGCGGGCAUCGUCGACAAGUCAAAGUGCAAGACGCACCAGCUGACCGGCCACUCGGCGGGUGCGCCAAUCAUGGAGUACCACACGUCGAAGCUGCGCAAGAACUUUGCCGCGCACGAGAUGCGGACCCACGAGGAGAUCGAGCUGGUCUACGCGGUCUACCUCGCGAUUCGCUUCCUCGGCAACCAGCCGGUGUCGGUGGAGGAGCGGGAGACGGACAGCGUGGUGGUGUGGCGCCGCUCCGACACGGCCGAGAGCGACCUCGCAGAGGCGGGCCACGACCAGCUCCUGCUGGCGACGAGGGGCGAGGUGCUCUACGGCGGCGCCGACGGCAAGAUGCGCACUCUCACCGCGCCAGGCACGCUCUUUGUUCCUGCCGGCGCACCUCUGACCCUCUCGCGCAAGAAGUACGGCGUUGACGAGAAGGGGCGGGCUCACCGCCCGCUCCCAGGAGGGGGGCGUGCUGGGGCGGCGCCGACCGCUGCUCCGGCAACGGCGAGCACGCAUCCUCCUGCAGCCUCCUGGUCCCAGCGGCUGGCGAACCUCGUGCUCGAGGCUAAGGCGCUGAGCCAGCACGUGCCCAUCCGCGGGCGGAAGGAUGCGGGGCUGUCGCCGGGCGCUCUGCGCAAGAAGUACGGCGUUCCACCUCUGAAGCCCUGA